GGCAAACUCUAUCUAUAAAACCAUAAAAAAUUGAUAACAUGCAAUCUUUAACCAAUGGCUGAUUUAAGAGUGAAGCAUGGAAGCAACAAGAAACAGAGCAAAAAACAGAGGAAACAGAGGAAUAAUGAGUGUCCAAGCAUCAUAAGAGCUCUUCCAAACGAGUUGCUGGUGGAGAUUCUUGGGAAGGUUGCAUCUACCUCCAUGUUUGACCUCUGCAAGGUGAAACUAAGCUGCAAGGAGCUUCUCCAUGUUGCAGAGGAUGAUCAUGUGUAUCACCAUGCGUCCAUGGAGAAGUUUGCGAUGGUUCCCCUGCCAUGGUUCACCGGUGAGAGAGAAUCAUCGUUCUUGAAACGUUGCAAGGAGAGUGGUAACUCGGAGAUUCAGUACCGUGAGGGAAUGGUUCAGUAUUUCAGCUCCUUGAGGGUGAGAACAGGGCUUGAGAAUUUGAAAAAAGCAGCGUUGGAGGGUCAUGGUGAAGCUAAAUAUGUAUAUGCUAUGCUUUUGAUGUGUUGUGAGAAUGAAGAUGAGAGGAAAGAAGGUUUUGAUCUCUUUCGGGACUUGAAAAGGAAAAUGGCAUCAUCGUGUGGUAUUGGAAGAUGCAGGAAGAGGGUGCGUUCGUUUAUUCGGAGUAUGUGGGUGAAUAAUCCUGUGGUUCGAAACAGGAGAUUGUCUCUGUGCUGUUCCAGCAUGUGUGAUAGCAGUGAGAGGAUGCAGAGAGUUGCAAGGAGAAGAUGGUCAUGGUUGGUUGAGGAUGAAGAUGAUGAUGAUUGUGUUGGAAUUUCGUGUGAAUAUUGCGAUGGAGAUUAUGAACUAAGUUUGUUUUGUAAAAUGUUUGAAGUCUAGUUAAGCAUCAGAAUAGGAAAACAUGUUCAAAUGCAAAUUUUCUUUUUCUUACAUUUCAGAUUCAAUAUUCCCUUGUAAUUGUAUAGUCUCCAGAUGUGAUUGUAUGAACUCCAUGUGAUUGAUUGAAUGAACUCAGAAAAUGUUAGUAAAA